CAGUUCUUCAGAACCCGGAUCCCAGUCCGUCGAUCGUGGGUUCUUUUUGUCGCCCAUUGUGGACAUGGUUUCCGAAGACUUGAGUUUGCCUGACCUACCUAAUGACACUCAAGCCGAUGUACAGGCCGAGGAAGCGGAGUUGGGAACAGUUGAGAACCACAAAAGCAUCGUCAUGCACCUGCUUUCGCAGCUUAAAAAUGGGAUGGAUCUGACAAAGGUUGUUCUCCCCACCUUCAUAUUGCAAAAGCGAUCCCUAUUGGAAAUGUUCGCCGAUCACUUGGCGCACCCGGAUUUAUUCAUUAAUAUCAACCGUGGUGAAGACCCCGAAGCCCGGAUGGUUGCUUUUGUACAGUGGUAUCUCACUUCAUUUCACGCUGGAAGAAUGGAUAAGGUCGCGAAAAAACCGUAUAAUCCGAUCGUUGGUGAAUGCUUCCAUUGUUGCUGGAUUAUGCCUCCCAGUGGCCGUUCGACAGGGGUCGAUCUCACAGACGCUCCCUCUGAUUCCCCACAGGACAUGAAUUUUGACAUCAUCACCUACUGUGCAGAGCAAGUCUCCCACCAUCCACCAAUCACAGCGUUUCAUGUUGAGUCUCCGGUCAACCGCAUGCGACUGGAUUCCUGUGUGCACAUUAAAUCGAAGUUUCAAGGUAUGAGUGUCAGUGUGACACUUUUUGGGAAAACUGUUCUACAUCUGGGUGAACACGAUGGAGAGGAAUACCACUUCUCUUUCCCCAUAGCGUACGCUCGAUCCAUCAUGAAAACUCCUUGGUUGGAGUUGGGUGACAAGGUUUCCAUCAACUGUCCGCAAACCGGCUAUUCGGCCUCUGUUAACUUCUUCACUAAGCCAUUGCGAGGCAACAAAUUGCAUCGCAUCACUGCCGAAGUUUUUGCUCCAUCGAACACGAAAUCGACAUCUCCGAACAAUCUGGUCGCACGCGUCUGUGGCGUGUGGAAUGGAGUGAUGCAGUUCGAACAACUGGGUGAUGGAGGAAAAAGCUGGACCAUCGAUGUCACGACGUUACCUGUUACACCGAAGUACGUUCGCCCGAUAGAUAAACAACGCCCAGAAGAGUCUCGACGCCUUUGGCAGCACGUCACCGAGGCGUUACACGCUGACAAUAUUGAACUGGCUACUGAGAAGAAACGUGAGCUUGAAGAUCGGCAGAGAAUGAGUGAGAAAUUUCGCUUGUUUCAUCAGAUCCCUUUCCCCGUGAAAUAUUUCGUAUGGGAUGGAACCAGUUGGAAUUUUCGUGGACUUCAAAAAACCCCAACCCCACUGAUUUCACUUUGAACAAAUUGAGAGUAUAGCUCAGUCCCUACCAUGUUGUUUGAUCAUUCCUUUCUUAACGUAUCUUUCUUCACCUUCUCAUGGGUGAAUUUAUUCUGUGUUAUCAACCUCAGUUUUCUCUUCCGCACUGUGUCAAACUUACUUCUGAGUGUAAAAAUUUCCUUUCAUUUAACUGCUGUUGGCCUUUGUGAUCGGCCUUCUGGUGUGUGUGCCCAAACUUUUUUUUACAAACUUGUGCCCAUUCUUACAUGUGUUUAUCCGAUUUUUUCACAUAAUACUGUUUGCGUUUUGCCUUUUCUCAUUCCUUUAAGCCAUUUUGAGCCGGAUUUGCAAUCAUGUAUUUUACGCUUAUUUCUUGUAUGUUAAUAUGCAGUAUUCGGUCCACCUUCAUGCUGCUGUCACUUGGUUUUGGUUGGUCAUAUUUUUGAUCAUCCUGUAAGGCCAGUGUUUCCCUGUGCCGAAUGUCCCAAGAUCCCCCAAGACUCAGAAUCAACUUCUCUAUUCAGAUUUUCCUUUUCUGAAUUUAUAUUAGCACUUAAUUGCCG